CUAAUCCCGGAAGUACCAGGUGCAAUGGUUGCCUUCUACGCGUACAUGUCUGCCAACCUCCCUGCCAAUGUAGCAACUCCUCAUCACGUGCUUAUUUUUGACCACGUGAGAACUAAAAUUGGUAACGGGUAUCAUCCUUCCAUCGGGGUAUUUAUAGCUCCAGAGGCAGGGGUGUAUAUAUUCAUAUGGACUUUUAGAAAUGGCAAUGGUGGAAUUCACUCCACGCAGCUAAUGAUAAAUUCAGAGGAGUGGGGAAUGACUCACAGUCAUACUCUUACAAACAAUUUCCCCCAGUCCACGGGUUGUGUGGUGGCCCAUGUAAAUAAGGGAGAUGACGUUUUUGUAAAAACUUCAGAUUCUAGCUCGGGAAAUAUCUAUAGCGAUAGUUAUGGUAAAACCUCAUUCUCUGGAUGGAAAAUUAAUUAA